AUGGGGAGGUCGCCGUGCUGCGAGAAGGCGCACACCAACAAGGGCGCCUGGACCAAGGAGGAGGACGACCGGCUCACCGCCUACAUCAAGGCGCACGGCGAGGGCUGCUGGCGCUCCCUGCCCAAGGCCGCGGGGUUGCUCCGCUGCGGCAAGAGCUGCCGCCUCCGCUGGAUCAACUACCUCCGCCCCGACCUCAAGCGCGGCAACUUCAGCGAUGAGGAGGACGAGCUCAUCAUCAAGCUCCACAGCCUCCUGGGCAACAAGUACGUUCAUCUAUCCAUACCAUAUAUAGCUCCAAUGAAUGAACGAUCCUCUGUUUUACAUGCAUGGCCUUGUGAAAACAUAGCGCUGACAGUAUUGUUUCUGUUUGACGAACGCAGAUGGUCUCUGAUAGCCGGGAGACUCCCAGGGAGGACGGACAACGAGAUCAAGAACUACUGGAACACGCACAUCAGGAGGAAGCUCACGAGCCGGGGGAUCGACCCGGUGACCCACCGCGCGAUCAACAGCGACCACGCCGCGUCCAACAUCACCAUAUCCUUCGAGACGGCGCAGAGGGACGACAAGGGCGCCGUGUUCCGGCGAGGCGCCGAGCCCACCAAGGUAGCGGCAGCGGCAGCGGCGAUCACCCACGUGGACCACCAUCACCAUCACCGUAGCAACCCCCAGAUGGACUGGGGCCAGGGGAAGCCACUCAAGUGCCCGGACCUGAACCUGGACCUGUGCAUCAGCCCCCCGUCCCACGAGGACCCCAUGGUGGACACCAAGCCCGUGGUGAAGAGGGAGGCCGGCGUCGGCGUCGGCGUCGUGGGCCUGUGCUUCAGCUGCAGCAUGGGGCUCCCCAGGAGCGUGGAGUGCAAGUGCAGCAGCUUCAUGGGGCUCCGGACCGCCAUGCUCGACUUCAGAAGCAUCGAGAUGAAAUGA